GCUGUGCCCCCAAAAGCCAACCCUAACCUGACACUAUACUGUCCUAGCCUGCCAGCAGUGACCCCUAGCCUGCCACUGUACUGUCCUAGCUUGCCACUAUACUACCCUAGCCUGCCACUAUACUGUCCUAGCUUGCCACUAUACUACCCUAGCCUGCCACUAUACUGUCCUAGCCUGCCAGCAGUGACCCCUAGCCUGCCACUAUACUAAUCCCAGUUAUGUGUUGUAAGCUGUGCCCCUGGUCCUCUGCCCUGCCAGCAGUGACCCCUGCCUUCUGCUCUGCCAGCAGUGACCCCUGCCUUCUGCCCUGCCAGCAGUGACCCCUGCCUUCUGCUCUGCCAGCAGUGACCCCUGCCCUCUGCCCUGCUAACCUCCGAUCCUCUGCCCCCCUGACAU